CGAAUAUUUUGUACGUAUGGUCAAAUCGUUUCUUCGUUUUGUCAGACAGAGUGAAGUGUUUACACGAGAAGUUGUAUGGCCAUGCGUGCCUUAAGUCCGAUCGGCUAAUUUCUUCUUCGAGACACGGCAUUCUAUUAAGAUAACACGUUACCCAAUUACGUGCGCUUCUGUGUCAGGAGAAGCCGGCUAAUACCUUUUCUCCUCUCUGAGACGUGUGUCGGGUCGGUAGCGUUAUUCGCCUGCAGCGCUCAUGGACGCCUAGCUGUAGAACAAAACAAUCAGCUGAUGAAAUUGUUGAAUCGUUUGUAUAAUGGUGCUCGCGUAGAACGGUUCAUUUCAGCGCCACAGCUGUUAGAGUUCAGAGCUUGCGGCCAUUGAAGUUAAGUAAUAGCUAAAAGCUGAAUUACGGAAAGAAGAAUAACGCUAUUUACUUUUGAUUAUAAUAUAAUCGUUUGUAGCGUUGAAGGAAGACUUUGAUUAGAAGUCGGAAUUCGUUUUUUUGUCGGUGGUUAAUGCGAAAGAACUCGGACAAAAUGAAGGUGCUCAUCCAUGAUGAAGAUUUUACAAAACAUCUCCAGGAUGCUUUGAAAUUGGCGGCAGGCAAUGAGGAGGAUCUGCCUACCGACGAACUUCAUUUGGGUCUUGUCAUCGGAAUUCCGGGAUCGAAACAGGCCACCCUUGUCCAUAUUGCGCCUUGUCCACCGCCCGAAGGCGACGUCGAUAAAACGACAUGGGUGGCGCGACAUGCACGCCUUGUCGAACGCAUGCUGCCAGGCGGAGUCGAUGUUCUUGGCGUUGCCGCCAUUGGACCCGCUUCCCUAUUCGAAAAGGAAAGAGCCGAUGUAAAGCAGGCAUUGAUCAGUAUACACAGGAUAUUGACGUCUUCGCCGCAAAUUUACCAUUAUGUCCAGCGGGUUAUGUUGCACGUUGAUCCUGAUUCGUUCAAGAUGACGUCCAGGCUUAUCGACAUAGCAGAUCCGUCUGGUAGUGGGUCCCCUCAAGACAUCAAACUUGUAAAGAAGUGCACAGUAUUCACUGAACUUGCAUGUGAUAUUGUUCUACAGUCGUUUGAGCAUGUCCCGGACGAGGUAAUUGUACAGGGUCUCCAGAAACAGAUGGCUAUUUACACAGCCAGUCUGGAAAGCACUCUUGGGGCGUCAGAGAUCCUUAUUGGUGGUCAGCGAUGUGAAGAUUCCGUCAUGCUAACAACGCACCUUGCUUCGCUAGCAACUGGAAAUAACAAUGGGACUGCCGCUGUCGAAUUUGUACUCAAACAAUCAGCGCCGCCGCCACAGGAUCUGUUGGAUGAGAAACCCGUUGCCCUUAGUGGGGCUGGCGCACAAGUGCUGGUACAAGGUUCGAUGCGGCUCCGAGCAGUUGUUCCACCGCGUGCAACAUGUGGAGAGGCCGUGGCAGCGAUUCGGCAGGACGCUCGACGAAGUUUGCAGGCCAGGUGUAGAAUGCAUUGUGAGGACUUUGAACUCAUCGAGGGCGAACAGCGGGACCCGUCACUUCGGCACGAGCUGCCUAAACGUGUCUUUUUAUGCCGAGAGAAGGCGCCAAGUUCGGUGCCAUUUUGUGAUUAUGUGUUCCAUGGAGACGAUCCGGCUGACUGUCUGCAAGCAUUUGAUGAGAUUCUAGGUUUGGAUAUCGGCGUAGAGGACUUCGAGCAAGAUAACGAAGCCAGCCCUACAGGAGAAAUUCGCGAAGCGGAAGAGGCUGCCCAGGUUGAAGAAAUGGUAGAGGAAAUGAUCCAGGAGGGUGCGAAGCAGCUGCGCAAAGAUCCCGUUAAUGUCGUUAUUGUGGUCGCCUUGAGUGGGUGCAUCGCACUUCUUGCUGUCAUUCUGGGAUAUUUCGUGCUUCGUGAAUGAAACCGCCGUAACAGGACUACUGUCAACAUUGCCAUUCACGACGCUGAGGCUGACGCUGGUUUUGAUUUCGCGGAAUUGUUAAUUUUUCUUAUAUAAUCAUAUAUUAAUAAAAAGUAACAAUCACUA